AAUGUCAACCCACUCCAGUAUUCUUGCCUGGAGAAUUCCAUGGACAGAGGAGCCUGGGGGGUCUACAAGCCAUGGGUCAGAGAGUUGGACACGACUGAGCAACUAACACCUUCUGGUACUUCAGGACGUCAUUUUUCUCGGACCUUUCUUUCUCCACCUGCUUCCUCGGAGCUGUCGGGGACAACCUGAAAUCGGCCCUUUCCCUGGUUGGAUGUCGGCCACAGACUCCUUUACCCAGAAGUCUGUUCUGCGGUGCAUCCGCUCUGCGCCAAUGGCAGCCCAGAAUAUGCGCGUUUCCGUUGGCCCUUUCAGACAGAGGCGGGACUUCCGGUCACACGGUCGUGACGUAUUUUGCUGGCGCCGGUACUGUCCAGAGGGGCUGUGGGGCCUGCGAGUCGGCGUAGGUUCCGCUUUCCGUGCGACUCUUGGGAAGCGAAUAGGAAAGGACGGUAAUAAGGUCGGGGCCUCAGUCCGCGUCGUUAUUACGAUCCAUGGUCGCCGCCGUGGGACGGGCCGCCUAGCGCGGAACAGUGGACUGGGGCCGCACUCCUUCCCAGGCCUUCGCCCUCGCUCUCCGUCCUCGUUCGCUUCCGGAGGCGGCACCCGGAGCCCGUACGCCGUUUUGACCGGGAGGAAACCAAGGCUCGGAGCUCGACCAUCGUCCAGGGCCCACCGCACCCAGGGGGUGUGCGGGUCCCGUUGCUCCCGCGGAGCAGCUCCAACCGCCAGUUUCUCGACCAGGUUCUGCUCACAGGACCCCAUGGCGGCUGCGGCGCUUAUGGACCGGGCUCAGGGCGGUGUGACCUUUGAGGAUGUGUUCGUGUACUUCUCCCGGGAGGAGUGGGAGCUGCUGGAGGAACCUCAGAGACUCCUGUACCGCAGUGUGAUGCUGGAGAACUUUGCACACGUGGCUGCCUUGGACCCACAAUGAUUCCCCUGGCACGUGGAUACUGGUGAGAAUGUUCUCUAUAAUACUGCCCAGCUCACACUACUAUACAACAAUUUCGAGAUGGAAGGAGUCCUCAUUUGGUUUAUUGGUGACCCACAGGGCAGUUUGUCAUGUAGCCUCCAGUACUAUGAGAACUGCAAGCCCAUUGGUCUGUGAAGCUGGUCUGAACAGGUUUAUAGGGCAGUACUUCUGUUCCCGCCAUGAUUCAACUCACAACAAAACUACACUUUUCGACAGCACAGAAAACAAUAACUGUAUCUAAAAGGACAAUAAAAAAGGUUUGAAAAGGAAUGGCCUGAUCCUCCAAGUAUCUCAAACAACUAGGAACUAAUAACAAAUUCCAGGUGUCAGACUGAGAAUGAAAAGCCAAGAAACUCAACACAAAGCAGAGUGUAGACCCACUGCUGAUGUACCACAUCGUCAAGGACUCAAGUUGUCCUUGAGAAGCAAGGCACAGGGGGGUGUCUGUGGGACUGCACCUGUGGCAGGCUGGGGUCUGCGGUGGCAGCUGUGGCAGACCAGAUCUUGGUGGGGCUUCCACAGUGAACAUAAUAGGCGUCCCACCGCUUCUACAGUGGAUGCAUCCAGUUUAUGUUCCCUUCCCCACUGAAUGUUGAUAAUGAGAUACAGGCUCAACAGUAGUGCGAGUUGGAGGACUGAUGACGAUAAUCAGUGUGGAAGCUCCUUACAACUUCUCCUAUUUAUUUUUUAGCCUUGUUAAUCUGAAUUUUUCUUACCAAUUACUUUUUCACUUGCUUUAAUACUAGUUGAAGAAAUCAUACAGCUCUCAUGUUUAACUAUAAUGUUGUCCAUUUUCAAUAUUGAAUGAAUAGUUGCAUAUCGUUCAAAGACCUUGAAGAGGACUUUUACCACAUUUAAGAAAUAUCCACUCUCCACGAAAUCUAUCACCAAAAAAAUGUAUACUUGCAUUUUUAUAUUGUUUAUACAAAAAAUAGAUAAUAGCAAGGUGAGCAAUAAUAGAAAAUUGGUUUUUUCAAUCUCCCAUGUGCAUCAAUUUGUCACAAGUCCAAACUCAUAACUGAGUUAAAAGGUUGAGCCUUUGAAAUGUUUGCAAAGUUGUGAACUAACAGUGACUUGAACUUGUUAUCUAAUACAGAGAAAGAGGGGCAGAACUACCUGUUUUCCUGCCUGCAAGGAAGAGCUCUAGUUGUCAGGCAGUCACCUCAAAAUGGGAAGUCUGGCAUUCAGGAGUUGGCACUUUCAAAAAUGGGCAUAUUUAAGGACUGAUGAAUUUCCAGGAGUAUUACUAGGCUCAGUACAGUUGACUUGGGAACUUUUGGAAGUGGGGCUGCUAUAGUGAGGCAUUUACUGAUUGGUUGUUACCUAGGGGCCUGAACACUGUUGGCUGAAUUCUAGAAGGUUGGCACUGUCAAUUAUUUGCUAAUUUCUGGAAGCUUGAGUUUACUGGUGUGAGGCUGUUGCUGGCUAGUUUUCACAGAUUAUCUGAAAUUAUCUCUAAUGUGUUUUCUUGUUCAAGAUUUUGGAAUUUGGCUAAAGGAAGUCUUUGUCUUCCACAUAUGAAAAAUAAACACAUUAAUUCUCAGUCCCCUAUGUUGUUCUUCCUUAGCCAGACUCUCAGAAGAGACCAUAAGGCAUUAUGAGAAGGUUGUUUAUGGGGACAUGUUUAUGAGCUAAUGUUGCCCCUAAAUUAUUUAAUUCACAAUUACAGUGAGAGAAAAAUAGCUCUAACUGCUAACUUUUUGUAAUGUUAAAAAAAAAAAAGCUGAAGUCAGAAUAUUUAGGGUGUUCUGACAGAAUCAGUACCGGACACAGAACACGUGCUCUCUACACAGAAGAGCUGGCAAUCUUGUUUCCAACGUAUGUCAUGCAGCUACUCUUGUACCUGAAUCCUUUUUAGUACUAACUGAACAUUUAUAGGUUAGUAAGUACAAACAGCACAAUUUCUUUAUUCAUUUUUACCUAUCGGCAACUCUUUUUAAAUAUUGUCUUUACCUUUCCCUCCAAACUGUUAAUGCAUCAUGUUUUCAAAUAUGAAAAUAAUCACAUUUUUUAACCAAAGUCUGAGUGUGUCUAAGGUUUCAGCAAGCCUUGAGGUCUCGGCUUCAUUUUCUGACUUCUCAGACUCAGUGACUCUUACUCACACUUGAUCUUAGCCAAAAGGCUGAGAAGCGAUCAGUGACUCUUACUCAAACUUCAUUGAUUUCUUUUCACCCACUGUCACAAAUAAAUUUCUCUAGAACCAUUUCUGCCACUUCCCUUGAAAAACUAUAAAAUUAUUAUUAAUAACAUUUAAUAACAUCCAUUUAACAAAUAUUUUUCCAAAGACAAACCUCAACUCCCUGUGUAUAUACUGUUGCGAUAAUUUACAAGUGAAAUGAUAAACCAUUUCCCAGCAAGGAGAAGAGAUUAUGGAAUCACAAACCUUUAUAUCAGGGAUAAGCUGGCCCCUUUGCACACAUGGUCAGAUUCUGAGGGGCAUAUACUGUCCUGGCAGAAGAUGGCACAAGAUAAGUUCUGCUUCUGUUAGAGAGGUUUCACAUUCUUAAUCACUGACUAUUCAGGCAGGAAAGACAUUUUCUGUGGGAACCAGGGGCACCUCAUAACCCUUUUAAGCUACUUUGGUGACUACAAACAUCCCUUUUCCACAUCUCCCAUCCUAAGCCCUGUCUGGGGGCUUUUCAUAUUGUGUUUGAGUGAACCUACUGAAAAUUAUGGAAAGCAGAGUGUUCAUGUUUUUGACAACCAACAAGAUAGCUGACAACUAUGAGACGAUGCUGAGUAACAUUACAGUAUGGUGGAUCCCUUUCUAUGUGCAGUCGUUGGACGUUUGCUACAAUUCAUGAAGUCUGAAAUAAUAGGUCUCUAAACAUUUCUGUGACACGCCCUAGAUUACAUUCCAAGGAACUCUGGGUAUAAGCCCUUUAAGAGGCAGCAAAACCCCGCUGGGUUUACAGCUUCAGAAUCUCAUUUCCCAGAGCCCUUCCCAUCCUCCCUUAGCCUUUAGCCACAAUCUGGAACUACCAACUUUGAGAAAGCACAGGUAACUAAGGUAGUGGAAACUACUCUACCUACAAGGCUGUGCAGCUACGGCCAUGCACCAGGGAGACUUCUGGGUAAUGUAGCUUCCUCUGCCGACACUACCUACCAACUCUUGGAGAGUAAGUCACUUCCUACCGGACCUGUAAAAGCCAAGAAGCACCCUCAGGGACACCAGGAAAAGGAGUUCCCUGCUCCAGCCAUGGGAGGGCCUUCGCUUACUCUUAAAUGGGAUGCUCCUAAAUUUGUAGAGGAGUCUUGAAAAAGCCCACAAAGCUUAGGGACCUGUAAUUUGAGAUAGUAAUAUAUUUGUAAUAGUGGUAAAGAACCCGCCAGUCAAUGCAGGAGACAGAAGCAGGUUCGAUCCUUGGGUCAGGAAGGUCCCCUGGAGGAGGGCACAGCAACCCACUCCAAUAGUCUUGCCUGAAGAAUUCCAUGGACAGAAGAGCCUGGCAGGCUACAGUCCGUAGGGUCGCCAGGAGUCGGACAUGACUGAAGCGACUUGGCCUGCACACACUAACCACAUCUAGUUCUAAUCUACACACCGAAAUGGACACAUCAUAUGACACUCUAUGUCCACUCAUAGCUGUCACCUAUCUUUUUGCCUGUAAAAUACAUGUAGACCAAAGCUUUAGAGACUGUUUCAUGACCUUCAACAUGCAAAAGACCCCAGACAGGGCAUGAGGGAGAGUUGGAGAGGUGGUAUCUUUCCUGCCUUGAUCAUGAGUGACUGUGGUCCAACCUAGCAAACAACACUUUUAUUGAAAUGUUUAUUAGUCUGAGUUUCUUUCAAAAGCUGAAGCCCAGCUCUAAAGGAGAGCAAAUUAUCAUAUGCCAUUUCCUGCCAGGAUCCAUCACUAAACAAAGAUGAUAGACGACAAAUUUUAUGUACAUUUUACCACACCAAAAUGAUUAAUGAUAAAUGGAUAAGAACUUUUAUGACACAAACACACAGCUGAAAGACACUACAAGAAAAAAGCCAAAUAAGAAAAAUAUAGAAAGAUAUGCCAAUGGAAGCUUGGUUCAAAAUUUAAGAUAUUAAUUUCCUAUGAAACAAUUCACAUUUCCUUAAACUUAAUUUACCCACUUUAUUUUUUUUUCACUUACCCACUUUAAACAACUUUUUCUCAGAGUGACUGUCAGAAAAUGCAGCUCUAGUAUAUUACAGGGCCUUGCUUAUUCCUAUAUGAUGCCAUGCUUUUGUACACACAAAAUAAUAUUAAAUAUAAUACUAGAAAUACAUUUUAGAUAUAUACAAAAAAUAAAUGCAUUUACCGAAAGCAGCCAUCCAUGAAUAACAAUAAAGUUCCAGGAAAUACAAACUGUAUUGGGAAUCCCCUGGCAGUCCAAUGGUUAAGACUCUGCAGUUUUAACUCCUGAGGUCCUGGGUUCAGUCCCUGGUAGGGGAACUAAGAUCCUGCAAGCUGCAUGGUGUGGUUAAAAAAAAAAAAAUUCACACUGUAAUAGCUCCCUGGAGAUCGCAAGUUGGCUAGGGCUGAGAGAGAGAAUACAAAGGGGUCAGUGGAAAUUCUAUAAGUAAUGGACAUGUUCAUUAUUAUGAUGUUGGUGAUGGUUCCCUUAUGCACUCGUGUGAAAAUAACAUUUUACACUUCCAGUGAAUGGUUUAAUAUGUGUCAGUACCUCAGUAAAUAUGUCAAUAAAAUUUGGAUUUCUUCGUCUACAAAUAUGUGGCAUAGUAUUAGUAGUACUGACUCCAUCAGCACCCUUCCCUAUGUCUUAAGUGGGUCAAUUCUGAUUCCUUCUCAAAGCAGAAGGAAGUACUAACAAAUGCUUCAACAUGGGGAUAUUAUGCUAAACUAAAUAAGCCAGUUGCAAAGGGAUGAAAAAUGUAUGAUUAUAAUUGUAUAAAGUAUCCAGAGUAAUCAAAUUCAUAGAGACAUAUCUGGUAGGGAAGGAGUAGGAAGAGAUGUUGUUUAAUGGGUGUAGAGUUUUAUUUUUGCCAGAUGACAAGAAUUCUGGAGAUGAGUUGUGCAAUAAGUGAAUUUUUACACAUACUAAACUGUACAAUUUAAAAGGCAGAGGGUUAACUUUGUUACAUAUAUUUUACAACAGUCAAAAUUAGAGCAGAUAUUUUGCUGAAGUCUUUCCCCGUUUGCAACACUCUGCUGUGAACUUUUUGAUGCUGAAUGAGGUGGAAGUUUUGGCUGAACUUAAAUUGUUGCACAAAUGAAGUCUUUCUCCAUUGUGAAAUCUCUGAUGUGCAACAGGGCUGUUUCACCUAAAGACUUAUCCACAUUCAUUGCUCUCAGAAGGCCUUCCUUUGCUGUGAACUCUUGAUAUCUGAGAGAUGUACCCCAAAAUUUCCCAUGUUUCCUGUACUCCAAAUGUCCACUCCGAAUCAACUCAGGGUGCUUCUCCAGUGUACAGAGUUUGGCGUUCUUGUGUGCUAAGUUGCUUCAGUUGUGUCCAAAUCUGUGCAGCCCUAUGGACUGUAGCCUUCCAGGCUCUUUUGUCCAUGGGAUUCUCCAGGCAAGAAUACCGGAAUGGGUUGCCAUGCCCUCCUGCAGGGGAUUUUCCACACCCAGGGAUCAAACCAGCAUCUUUUGUGUCUCCUACAUUGGCAGGCAAGUUCUUUACCACUAGGAGUUUGGAGUAAUACCUCAAGAAUUUGCCAUAUUCUCUGAAUUCUUAGGGUUUUUACCACUGUGAAUUCUUUCUCAACGAGGUGGUUCAGUUCAGUUCAAUCGCUCAGUUAUGUCCGACUCUUUGUGACCCCAUGGACUGCAGCAUGUCAGGCCUCCCUGUUCAUCACCAACUCCGAGUUUACUCAAACUGAUGUCCA